AUGACUAUCGACUGGCAACUAAAAGCUCAACGUAAGCAGGAGGAUCUAGAGGGCAAGAUUCCAUCCGAAUGGCGGGUAUCGCUAGAGCUACUGAAGAAGGUAGCUUCUCUGGAUAAUAUCCUCGACAUUCCCCGCCAAACAGGUAUGCUUACGCAGCGCGAAAUCCUUCUAACGGAAAGCCAUGACGCAACAAACCUGCUUGAGCAACUGACUACCGGUCAGGUCAGUGCUGUUGAAGUAGCCACAGCCUUUUGCAAGCGUGCUGCCAUCGCCCAGCAACUCACUUCUUGCCUAACUGAGAUAUUCUUCGACCAAGCUAUCUCCAGAGCGCAGGAAUUGGACAGGCAAUUCGCGGAAACAGGGAAGCCUGUUGGCCCCUUACAUGGUCUCCCCAUCAGUCUGAAAGAUUCAUACAGCGUCAAAGGCGUCCAGACAACACUGGGCUAUAUCUCAUUUCUUGACAGACCCGCGCUUACCUUUAACUCGCCCAUGGUGGAGAUUUUACUCGCUGCUGGCGCUGUUAUUUACGUCAAGACCAAUCUACCACAGACGAUGAUGACGUGCGAUUCCCAGAAUAAUGUGUUUGGUCGAACUCGCAACCCCUAUAGCCGUUUACUUACCCCCGGUGGGAGCUGUGGAGGGGAGGGCGCCCUUCUGGCUAUGCGUGGAUCUAUCAUGGGUGUUGGCACCGAUGUCGCGGGCUCAAUUCGAAUUCCUUCGUUCUGUUGCGGAACUGUGGGCUUCAAGCCUUCAGUUGGCCGACUGCCGUUUGCAGGCCAAACCCCCCCGGGGCGAGUUACAGCUGGGGGUCUUAUACCAUGCUCAGGGCCACUUUGCGUUUCUACACGAGACGCUGACCUCUUCUUCCGCACGGUGGUCUCAUCAAAGCCCGAGAAUUUGGAUGAAAAUUCUUUGGGCUUUCCGUAUAUCGAGCCACCGCCAGCAAAACCUCAACUUACGAUUGGUAUCUUACCAGAGGACACCGCAUUUCCUUUACAUCCUUGCAUGCUCCGGACGAUACGCAACGCCGCUCAAAAACUCGCGGUAUCCGGACACCAUGUCGUCAACUUGUCUACUGAUGAUAUUCCAUCAUUGGCGGAUGUAUACAAGCUAGCACACCAGUUCUUCAAUAUGGACCCCGACAAUAUAGCAUUGCGCAAUGUGACUGAUGGAGGAGAGCCGUUUAUACCAUCCCUGAGCAUAAUUUAUGACACCGAACACCCGGGUCCGGAACCGACACUACGCCAACUCUACGACUUGAACAUGUCAAAAUUCCACGUUUGCGCGAAGAUGCGUCAAGCCUGCGUCUCUAAGGGACUUGAUGUCAUUCUGGCUCCUGCGUACCAAAGCUGCGCCCCGCUGCAUGAUAGCUACGGCGGUUCCCCGUACACAGUCGUUUGGAAUCUGGUUGAUUACCCAGCAUGUGUAAUUCCAUUUGGGCGCGCAGAGGAGGCAGCCGAUGCAGAAUUUGUGCGUGACGUAGUUUAUAAACCGGAAUAUAAACCCAAAGAGAUUGAGGGAAUGCCGUGCCAUCUCCAGCUGGUCGGACGACGAUUGAAAGAUGAAAUUUUGUUACAAAAUGCGAGGCUGAUAGAAGAGAUUUUGAACCAGGGAAAGUAG